CCGGGGCCUCCCCGCCCCGCGGCCGCGGCGCCCGGCGCGGUCCCUCCCCGCGAUGAGCUCAGCCCGGCGGCGCGCAGGGGCGGGCGGCCCCGGCCAUGCGGAGCCAGGACGGGAGGAGGCGGCGGUGCCGGUGCCGGUGGCCGAGCAGGGCCCUGCCUAGGCUGCGGCGGGGCCCCAUGGGCCUGGGGAGGCCGGCGGGCCCCCGGGGUAGGGUAGGGUAAGGGUCCGGGGGGUGCACCCCCCGCCCCGCCGCCAUGUACACCUUCGUGGUGCGGGACGAGAACAGCAGCGUCUACGCCGAGGUGUCCCGGCUCCUCUUGGCCAGCGGGCAGUGGAGGCGGCUCAGGAAGGACAACCCCCGCUUCAACCUGAUGCUGGGCGAGAGGAACCGGCUCCCCUUCGGCAGGCUGGGCCACGAACCCGGACUUGUGCAGCUGGUGAAUUACUACAGGGGAGCAGACAAGCUGUGCCGCAAGGCAUCCCUGGUGAAGCUAAUCAAGACAAGCCCUGAGCUAUCAGAGUCCUGCACAUGGUUCCCCGAGUCCUAUGUGAUUUACCCAACAAACCUGAAGACCCCCGUGGCUCCGGCACAGAAUGGAAUUCGCCAUCUCAUAAACAACACAAGGACAGAUGAGAGGGAAGUCUUCUUGGCAGCUUACAACAGGCGGUGGGAAGGCAAAGAAGGCAACGUGUGGAUCGCCAAGUCCUCAGCUGGUGCCAAAGGGGAAGGGAUCAUGAUAUCUUCAGAGGCUGGAGAGCUCCUGGACUUCAUCGAUGAGCAGGGACAAGUGCACGUGAUCCAGAAAUACCUUGAGAAGCCUCUUCUUUUGGAGCCAGGGCAUCGCAAGUUCGACAUCAGGAGCUGGGUUCUCGUGGAUCAUCAAUAUAAUAUCUACCUCUACAGAGAGGGUGUCCUGCGGACCUCUUCCGAACCAUAUAACAGUGCUAAUUUCCAGGACAAAACCUGCCACUUGACCAAUCACUGCAUUCAGAAGGAAUAUUCCAAAAACUACGGGCGGUAUGAGGAAGGGAAUGAAAUGUUCUUCGAGGAGUUCAACCAGUAUCUGAUGGAUGCCCUAAACACAACGCUUGAGAAUAGCAUCUUAUUGCAAAUCAAACACAUAAUAAGAAGCUGCCUUAUGUGUAUAGAGCCUGCAAUCAGCACAAAGCAUCUUCACUACCAGAGCUUCCAGCUCUUUGGCUUUGACUUCAUGGUUGAUGAGGAGCUGAAAGUCUGGCUCAUAGAAGUCAACGGGGCUCCAGCUUGUGCCCAGAAGCUGUAUGCAGAACUCUGCCAAGGAAUUGUGGAUGUAGCCAUCUCUAGCGUUUUCCCCCUCGCUGACACUGGGCAGAAGAUGAGCCAGCCGUCAUCGAUCUUUAUCAAGCUGUGAUGACCACGGGAAUGCGUCUGCUGUGCAUAGGGAGAGACUGCACCCACUGGGUCAGCACUGUUCGAUGGCUUAUCUCAGUAUCAUGCCAAAAAGUGAUAGGGACAGACUUCUUUUUUGUUCUGGAAAAUCAUGGGGAAAAACAACAAAAAAGGCGGAUGCCACCCAGAGCAGUGAUGAGCCAGAGCUGCUGAGACAACUCUGCCUGCAUUCACCAAAAUCCACUUUAGAAACAGCUCAUGUGACUUUGAUAUCUGAAACAAAUCUCUCUGGGAGAACAGCAAAAUAACCUUACGAUGAAACCCCAACAGGGAUACUAUCAUACUGUAUUAGCUCCUCCUUUUCUAUAGAGAUAACAUUGUGGGGGUUUUUUAAGGCGAUUGAGUGAAGAGUACGAUGGUCUUCCGGGACGUCGUAGUUGGAAAGUUUUCCUCCUCCCGCUGUGUUUCUUCUUUCCUCACCCACUGCAUAAUUAGUGCCUUAGCUCAGCUCCAAAUAGGUGACUCCUUUCCCUUGUUCCUGCUCUUUUCCACAGAAAGGAACAAGCUGUCUUGCGUCACAGGAUGCAUAAAACCAGGAACACUGAGAAUUCAGUUUCCUGAGGUCAUUUCAAAGCUGGCUGGCUGAACACCCAGGCAACGACUGGCAAGGACGCUGUCAGAAAGGGUGCUGAACUGCAGGCGGUGAAUUAACCCAAGCAGGGAAGGCAGUUUGUUUGUUUAUAGUUAUCCCUUUUCCUAAUGAGAUUUGAAUCAGUUUCAAUCCAAGUCUGAUGCAGUUGGAUUCUGUUUGAAACAGGUAGAGAGACUCCCCUUGGGACUCACCUGGAGGCUAUAGGAUUUCUAGCAUCAAUUCUGUGCUAGGAGCGUUUCGAAUACCAGAAACCCAAUCUUCUCAGCUUCUUCUGAGACAAUGCAGUGAAUUUAGGCUCUUCUCUCAGCUUUCACCUUACUGCUUUUGAGGCUUGAAUCUGAAACCUUCCAACCCAAAUGAUUUUUAUCCUGUUUGAUCCAGCCAAUUUGAUUCUCCUCCAUUUUACAAAUACUGUAAUUUUCUACCCUGAACACAGUCCACAGCUCAGUCCCAGCAAGAAGGAAGAUGGGUGAGAUGUAGACCAGGAGAGAGAUUCCUUGUGUAUAGGUUUGCCACACAGGUGGGGCAGGUUGAUAUUUUUGUGGGGAAGUUAAAUUCCAUGAGGUCCCUGAAUUUCAGAGCUAACAUCUACUUUGAGUGUAACCUAAACCCUUGGCAUGUUAGCCAUCUUGUGAAGUUCAUCUGAAUUUUCAGCAUAAGCCAGCACACCCCUCCUAAAGUAAAGCUCUCUGCAGAGCACAGCAGCAUUUCUAGCAGCAGCUGGCUUUGUGAGUGGUGUCUGGCCUGUGCUGUGUCCCAGAUUUUUAUACAGAGAAGUGAAGUCCGACAAUUAGAUCUCUGUUCAAGAAGCUACUGGGGUGUCUGCAAAGAACUGAGUGCUCACAUGUUAGAACUCAUUUGUACAGUGGUGGUACUGGGUUUGGGGAUUCCAUGUUGCACAUGAUGUGUGCAACAUGGAAUCCCCAAAGAUACCUUACCUCUGGCGUUACAUGGUUCAAAACAUGGUUCAGGGCAGAUUGUGCCUGCACGAGCAGCACAGAAACAGUUCCUGGCGAGGAGGAAAGGAUUGCCUGAUUGAGAUCCUCACGUACUGCGUAGGAAACUGUCAUGGAAAACUGCAGCUCUGGGGAUUUGAAUCGAUUGUGGCAGGAGAGCAGACUGUGCAGCUGAGGUCAGAGCUCUGUUCUGCUGCUUCUGGCAGGGAGAGAUCGUUGGCACAGAAAUAAACUGGUUCCUGCUACCCAAAAUAAACAAGAAGAGAUCAUGGAUGUUAUAAGCUUCUGGCUGCCUGUGUGUAAAUGGGACGUGAGUCAAGCAGUGGGAUUUCUCCCUCAAAAGAUCCUGGAGUUGUAAUGGACUCAUCUCUGCUCAUGACCGAGGUUUGAAAGGUCUUCCUGCCAACCUAGAGCUCUGUAAGGAGACGAUCCUGCCACUUUUCUGGAGACAGAAUCCAGGCCUCCCUAGAGGAAGAUAUUGUGAUCAUGGUGUAAUAGGACGGACAUUCUUUGCAACAUGCUGUGAAUCCACACAUGGCACUACUUCACACAAGGACACUCAAAUCCAAGAGGGAACAGAGUGCUCAGCAAAACCCAGCAGAAGCAUUGCAGAGGGGAAGCAUCCCGAAAAGCCACACAAGCACCUCUGGAGCUGUAAGCACGCUGAAGUGCUGCAUGGAUCAGCAUCUGCACAGCAUGUGACACGCACAAGGUGCACUGGUGCACAAUGAGAAGUGACAAGGAGCAGGAGUGUUUUAAUAUGUGAAAACAGUUUUUGUUGUUGUUGUUGUUUUUUCCUCUGUGCUGCGUGCAGAAGAGGCCUGGACUGUGAGUGCUAGUGGGUGGCUUUAUUUCUAGAGAGACCCAAAAUGCCAGGUCUGGUCUCUGACUUUGGACCUUGGGUGUGUUCCGAAGAGGUGCUGUGAACUCUUCAGUUCAUGAGUCAGGAGGCAGUGGGGAAGUAGUGAAUCAUAAGCUGGUAGAGGGGGGUGCAGGAGGAGGACUGGUUGGGCUUUAGUAACCUUUUGAUAGCACAUAGGUGUCAAAACGUCAAUGCAGACUGUGCAAAGCAUAGUGGCAGCACUCCAAAGUAAAAAAGUAGGCCACGAUGGCUGUUUAACUCAACUCACAAAGCUGACAGUUCACCACGUCUCCAUUGGCAUUUUCAGGGUAUCUUAAAAUUAGCUUAACCUAACAUGAGCUUAAAAAUACAUUUUUUCUUUUUUUUUUUUCUCUUUUUUUUUUCCAGCAAAGGCAGGAUCUAAUAGCAAUCACCCUGCUCCAGGAUGUACAUGAGGUGACAGGACACAUUGCGUUCUCUCAAGCUCUAGAGCAGCCCAGAGCACAGCUGCUAAGUGCGUGAAGUGAGAAAAAAAAAAAUCCCCAUCAUAAAGAAAAUAAAAACACACCAGCCCAUAUUUCUUUUCCCCUCAAAAGGGAAAUUCAAAAAUCAGAUUGUUCCCUUCCUUAGUGUACAGGCCUGUGCUGAAGUAGUGGCAUGAGGCCAGGAAAGCAGCCUGGAAGCAGGAGAAAGCAGCGGCCUUCACUGGAGCAGCUGAUACAGCCAGGAGAAACGCUGACUCAGGAACCUCUGCCAAACUCCAAGGCCUUUUCUUCCCCCCCGUUUCAUCUCUGGUUGCUUUGUGGUACAUCACCAACUGGCUGUUUGUGCUGCUUGGCUAAAAGCAGGGCUUCAGCUCGAUGGUAGAGCUGUGACCACAGGCGAUGCAGCUGUUUAUAACCUGCCCUUUCAACUGGGUUUCAGGGAGAUGGCGAUUCAGGGACACUCAUCAUUGGUAGGUUUGCUGAAUUCUUAAAAGUAAUCAACAGCCUCAGGAGGAAAACGGCAGGUACUGUUUGUGACUACCACCUGCCUUCAAAGCGUUCCUCAAGGUAGAGCACAGAGGUAAAUGACAGAGGACAGACAGCAUAGUGCCUAAGGUCUUGUCCAAGAUGUUAGGCAAGCAUAUAUUAGAUGUGUGUAUGGCUGAGGCCUGAGUAUUGCAGCUGUGGAUGCAUCUUGCAAGUGAUGGUCACAAACCCUCGUGAGACUUUUUUUUUUUUUUUUUUUUAGAACAAUGCAAAAAUGAAUGUUUUCUAGCUUAUUCCAGCUAAAAGGUCCAUAGAAAAGAUCUUGCCCUCUUUCCUAAGCUUUCAUAAAGGAUGGUGCUGGGUUUCAAGAAGAUACCUGCCAUACUGCAGAAUGUCUCUAGUCUUAGCUCUGCCCCUUCCUGUGGGCCACGAAGGAUUUCAGACCCAGGUGCUCUGGCAGGUUUCCAGCAGGGUCUGGUCCAGCUGGGCCCUGGGUUUCAGUUAAUUCCCCAAUCACUUGUCUCAUGCCAGGUUAGUCGUGUCUACCAUGCAACCGCUGUUGUGCUCCCAUGAAAUACAGCGGCCAGCUGCAGCCCGCAGAAAAACUCUGGAGAAGCCUAAGAAGGACUCGGCAGCCGUUUCACCCGGCUUCUGCGCCCCGUUGCGAUCGACGCCCUUCAGGACUGCUUGCAUGUCCCCGGUCCCGGCAUUUCAUGUUCUCCACAUGCAGCUGUCCCCCCGGGGAGCCCCGCUGUGCCAUCCGUGGGUCAGUAACCGUGUCUCAUUACCCAUGUCAGCUCCCACAGGCCAUGGAGAGCGGCGGCGGUGCUGGCCGCUCGCACGUCAGCAUGUGCGUGUGGGGCCGGCGGGGCUCCCUGUCCCACGCUUCUCCGGCAGCUGCGUCCACGUCUGUCCUCGGCCACCAUUAAACGAGCUGAUCUCA